GUGGUUUGGGUGAUUAACCUAAUGGAUUGUGACAUCGCUGGUUUGAGUGAUCACCUGGUGGAUUGUGACAUUACAGGUUUGAGUGAUCACCUGGUGGAUUGUGACAUCACUGGUUUGAGUGAUCACCUGGUGGAUUGUGACAUCACUGAUUUGAGUGAUCACCUGGUGGAUUGUGAAUUUACAGGUUUGAGUGAUCACCUGGUGGAUUGUGACUGUACAGGUUUGAGUGAUCACCUGGUGGAUUGUGACAUCACUGGUUUGAGUGAUCUCAUGGUGGAUUGUGACAUCACUGGUUUGAGGGAUCACCUGGUGGAUUGUGACAUCACUGGUUUGAGUGAUCAUCUGGUGGAUUGUGACUUUACAGGUUUUAGUGAUCACCUGGUGGAUAGUGACAUCACUGGUUUGAGUGAUCUCAUGGUGGAUUGUGACACCACUGGUUUGAGUGAUCACCUGGUGGAUUGUGACAUCAUUGAUUUGAGUGAUCACUUGGUGGAUUGUGACAUCACUGGUUUGAGUGAUCACCUGGUGGAUUGUGACUGUACAGGUUUGAGUGAUCACCUGGUUGAUUGUGACUUGACAGAUUUGAGUGAUCACCUGGUGGAUUGUGACUUUACAGGUUUGAGGGACCAUCUGGUGGAUUGUGAAUUUACAGAUUUGAGUGAUAACCUGGUGGAUUGUGACUUGACAGGUUUGAGGGAUCACCUGGUGGAUUGUGAAUUUACAGAUUUGAGUGAUCACCUGGUUGAUUGUGACUUGACAGGUUUGAGGGAUCCCCUGGUGGAUUGUGACUUGACAGAUUUGAGUGAUCACCUGGUGGAUUGUGACUUGACAUGUUUGAGGGAUCACCUGGUGGAUUGUGACUUGACAUGUUUGAGGGAUCACCUGGUGGAUUGUGACUUGACAGGGUUGAGGGAUCACCUGGGGGAUUGGGACUUGACAGGUUUGAAGGGUCACCUGGUGGAUUGUGACUUGACAGGUUUUAGGGAUCACCUGGUGGAUUGUGACUUGACAGGUUUUAGGGAUCACCUGGUGGAUUGUGACUUGACAGGUUUGAGUGAUCACCUGGUUGAUUGAGACUUGACAGGUUUGAGGGAUCAUCUGGUGGAUAGUGACUUUGACAGAUUUGAGUGAUCACCUGGUGGAUUGUGACUUGACAGGUUUGAAGGAUCACCUGGUGGAUUGUGACUUGACAGGUUUUAGGGAUCACCUGGUGGAUUGUGACUUGACAGGUUUUAGGGAUCACCUGGUGGAUUGUGACUUGACAGGUUUUAGGGAUCACCUGGUGGAUUGUGACUUGACAGGUUUGAGUGAUCACCUGGUGGAUUGUGACUUUACAGGUUUGAGUGAUCACCUGGUUGAUUGAGACUUGACAGGUUUGAGGGAUCAUCUGGUGGAUUGUGACUUGACAGGUUUGAGUGAUCACCUGGUUGAUUGAGACUUCACAGGUUUGAGGGAUCACCUGGUGGAUAGUGACUUUGACAGAUUUGAGUGAUCACCUGGUGGAUUGUGACUUGACAUGUUUGAGGGAUCACCUGGUGGAUUGUGACUUGACAUGUUUGAGGGAUCACCUGGUGGAUUGUGACUUGACAUGUUUGAGGGAUCACCUGGUGGAUUGUGACUUGACAGGUUUUAGGGAUCACCUGGUGGAUUGUGACUUGACAGGUUUGAAGGAUCAGCUGGUGGAUUGUGACUUGACAGGUUUGAGGGAUCACCUGGUGGAUAGUGACUUUGACAGAUUUGAGUGAUCACCUGGUGGAUUGUGACUUGACAGAUUUGAGGGAUCACCUGGUGGAUUGUGACUUGACAGGUUUGAGGGAUCACCUGGUGGAUUGAUGUUUGAAGUGAUGCCCACUAGAGACAUAAAAGUCGCCAAGGAAAAAGUAGACUAGAGUUUUGUCAAAAGAUGGAUGUACAACAUCUGUCUGUUGAUAUUGAGGUUAGUUAAGUUAUUGACUCAUGAUUCUACAUAGGUUGGGUAUGACAUUGAAAAUGUACAAUUGUUAUUACAAAUUGUACUUUGUGAUCCCGUAAAAGUGCACAAUGUGAUUCAGUGUGAUGUGAAGUGAGGAAAGAUAGGAUCAUUUACUAAUAAGGUCACUGUUCUGUGUUAUAGGUCUCAUAGUGUGGCAACUGUUCUGUGUUAUAGGUCCUAUAGUGUGGCAACUGUUCUGUGUUAUAGGUCUCAUAGUGUGGCAACUGUUCUGUGUUGUAGGUCCUAUAGUGUGGCAACUGUUUUGUGUUAUUGGGCUCAUAGUGUGGCAACUGUUCUGUGUUAUAGGUCUCAUAGUGUGGCAACUAUUCUGUCUUAUAGUUCCUAUAGUGUGGCAACUGUUCUGUGUGAUAGGUCUUAAGUUGAAUGUGUACUAGCUGUGGACCAGUACAACUAUGCAUGCCAUCGAACAGUGGUCAAAUGGCGAAUUAUAAUGGUGCUUUGGUGUGCUAGUACACAUAGUGUGUGAGGGCGGAGGAGCGAGUAUGGAGUAACUGAACCUGUUGUAUUUGUGUGACAAAAACAUCUUUUAAACAAUCUACCAGUUCUGUUUUCUUGUGACUUACUGUAUAUAUGUAUAGCAGACAGCUACAGGAUAUAAGAAAUGUUCACAGUAAAACAUGGCUGGAUUACUGUUACACAGCUGGUGCACACUAUGUAGUGGCACAGAGCAUAGCAAUGCCCGAAGUCUUUCAACAUUGUGUUCCAUGAAGCUUUCCUGCCGUUAUUAUUGAAUUGUUUCUGUCAUUCCUUUGUGAUUGUGUGAGAGUACUUUCCUAAAGAGUGCGUCGUCAGACAGUGCUUGUUUUCGGUCACUUUUUGAGUGAGGAUCUGUGAUGCUUUAUUUUUCCAGACAUGAAGUAUAACAGUCACGCCCACAAAAGCUAUAGCGCACAGUGUAUAACAAUAUUACGCCCACACUGUCACAGAAGUAUAUUAAAGCUGGCGUAGAUGUAAGUCACAUCUAGGCUAUCUGUAAAUUGAUACAUUGAUUAAAUGGAAGCAUAUAUGUCUCUCUUUGUGAUAUUUUCUGGUGGUAGGUGAUCUUACUUGUCAUUUGGGUUUUCUGUUUUCAUAGUUUGAAAAAAAAAAAUAGACAUUAGAAUGAGAUGUCUGUUUUAUAGCUGUGGCCAAAUAGUAUGCGAUAGAAUGUGUGACUUGUGUACAUGUAGGAGACAGUUUAUAUCAUUGAUGCUCUUGAUUUAUGUAUAAACAUCUUUCACAAAACCUAGAAAUUCUUGGAAGAAAUUUAUUAAUUAAAUAUAUUCAUUUUCCCACAGAAUUCUUGUAAAAUGAAGUGGUUUUUUUUCUUUUUCUGUUGAAAAACCAAAUGAAUUUAAGCACAAAAUAAUUGAUAAAAAGAGAGAAAAUGAAAAGGGGGAAAAAAAGAUAUCUAAAAAUUAUUUAAUCAUUGUCGUUUUCACAUAGAAGCUUAUACAUCUCACAAAAUUGUGACCUAGGUAUAUUGAACAAACAUUGUGCUUUAUGGUGUAUUUGUGAGUAUAACUUUAUACCCCGUCGCCUCACAGGGAAGAUGUGUAUACGGGAUUGUUGUAAAGAAACCUAUUUACACGUUUAUUUGAAUUGUACUUCAUGUAAUCCUCUGUUUUAUUCUCAUCACGUCUUUUUAUUUAUACAGUGAAACAUGUAUUUAUUCAGAAGAAUGAUAUCAUUGUAUUCAUUUAUAGUCACAUGACCCAUCUGAUUGUGUUUCAUUAGAUUGUUUAUAAUUCAUAGCUUUUAAGUGUGAAAUUACGUUUGUUCUGUUUGAAAGCAUAUUGAAAAUUGGAACCAUGUAAUAAGUGAAAGCCAAUAUUCCGUUGAGGACAGUGUUGUGUACCUAUAUCUUUACCAAGUAGCAGUGACUACAAUAAUCUUAUUCGAUGUGUGUAUAUAGUUACUACAUUAAGUUAUUUACUUUAUUUAGAUCUCAUCACCCAAUGACUUGACACCGAAACAGUUGUAUUACAAGUAUAAACAAUUACAGUCUGAUAUACAGGUUUGUUUGUGGCCUUUCAUCUUACACUCGGUACAGUUUUGUGUGGAGAUAAAAAAUCCUGCCUCAAUUUAACAUGAUUAUUUUUUCGGUGCUUCCAUCAUCAAAGGACUAUAACACAUAAACCAUAGUAGAGUAUUUCUAACCAAACUCUGUGUAGAAUUAGGUAUAUUAUCAGUGUUUAACCCUUUCACCACUGUAGACCAUAAUGAGUCUACUCAAGUUACACAGGGGUUAAGGUUACUCAGUGUUUCAGAUUGCUUAUAUCAUGCAAACAUGCUAUUUCAUUAUUUUUCUGACAUGAAAAUAUUUUCUUAAAAACUAUUAGCCGUGUUACACAAAUUUUGAACCCUGAAUUUUGUUCUUGAAACAAAACCUUAAAAGCUUUAUUAAGUAAAAUUUAAGUGCAGUACAGUAUAUAAGGUAAAUAGAAAUAAAACCUUGUAAUGGGGUUCUAAAUGAAAGUAGGUGGUGCACAAUUUUUUUGUAUUAUUUGGUUUGAUAUAGAUUUCAAUGAAAGAAAUAUCUUAACCUAAAUUGAUGUACCAGACUUUUUGAUCAGCUUCCUAAGAAGUUCAGUAAUUUAUCCCAUCUAAAAUACCAACUCCUACCUUAGGUCCUAACACUGUCCGUAAUCUUACCAGUAACUCCUGUGUUUGACAGUCUUGAGAUAUCUCUGUCGUGACUUUUCUUUUCCUACCUGCUAAUUAUGCUUCUAGGUAUUUCUUAUUAGUAAUAUCCAGCUCAACAGAUGAUCACAACUUUGGACAUGACGGAAGUCACUAUAAACAUUUUGCAAUCUUGUUUCAUAUGAAUUGUUUUCAUGGAUUUGAAUUCCUUAAUUAAUGCAUAAGAAAUAAUCUUGCUAAAAAUCAGUUAUUCACAAUUUUUCUAGUUUUGAAUAACAUUACAAGUUCUUUUGUUCUGGCCCAUGUAUAAUUGACAAUUCAUAUGUUUAUCCGAUUGUCUGACUGUGGAAAUGGUCAAUAUUGGAGAGAACAAUGUAAGAUGGUAUAUAUUGUCAUCUGAUUCUCUUGUACAUUACCGGUAAUACAACAUUUCUUUUCAAUUAUCUAGACUACUUGCACUCUGAUGAUACACAGGGAUUUUGAUAUGAAUCAAUACAUGUUUUAAGAAUCAACACAGGGAUCUAGACCAGUUUUAUAAACUAGGUUAUGCACAGGGGACUGGAUAUAUACAUGAUUAAAAUGAAGUCAACACAGGAUUCUAGAUUGAUCUCUGUUCUCAACGACAUUGAUCAAGAAAUUACCUGUUUUAAAGAAAUCAGCGUAAGAACUUGAUUUACCAAUUUUAUAAACUACAUCAAACACAGGGAUUUGGAUUUAUCCUUUUUAUAACUAAGGUAAACAUAGGAUUCUGGAUAGGUUAAAUACCAGACACAUUUUAGAAAUAAAAUCAAUGUAGUGAUCCAGAUUGAUCAGUUUUAUGAAUUGCAUUAAACACACAGAUUUGGAUAUUUAUCGUGUAAGUUUUUUAAAUGAAACCAACAUGGGGAUCUAGAUUCACCGAUUUUCUAUAACUCUAUAGGGUUCUGGAUUUAUCGAUUUUCCCUAAACAACAUUUAGCACAUGGACGAGUAUGUAUACCGGUAUCUAUAUCCUCCCACAGUUUCUGUGACUGUAUUUAUAUCUAGUCACAUGUUUGUUAUGUAUGGUCGUUAUGUUUGGUUAUCUGAGAUGUUGAUGUUCAUUAUUGCUCAUAUUCAUUCUGGUUUGUUUUCAUUGGCUGUUAUAUAACUGGAAGGAGGAUGGUUUGUGAUUGAAGGGAACAGUAGUCAUGUGACUUACACAAGAGUGUGUGGUAAUGAAUGACAGAGAGAGGUCUGUGUGAUGGUUGAAUGUUGUCAUGUGACUGGUUUGUCUUGAAUAUUAUCAGAUAGAUAUUGUCACAUGUAAUUGUUUGAAAGUUACUCAAAUAAAAUAUUGAAUUUGCUAAUGU